CAAAAAGUACAAUGCAAUUUCAGUCAACAGUAUUAGCUGCUCUCGCAGCAUAUGUGACUGGCGCUGAACUAUCAGCCACUCGAGGCGAUUUCCAGCAAGUAUUUGCCAAUGCCGUAAAUGGAGAUACCAUUACGUUAGAGGCAGGUGAAUAUGCCACCAGUGAACCCAUUGUUUUAGACAAAAAGCUCAUCAUUAAGGGUGAUGGAGCGCUAUUUGUAGUAUCAGAUCUUGCUGCCCCGGUGUUCGCGUUCGGAAACAUGGAGGGCUACAGUUCUACACUAAAUGGAUUGUCGGUUGGUACACCAGGAGCUGAAGCUUGCGAUCUGGCCGAACCAUACGCUCUUAGAGCGAAUUUCAGUAUCGAAAUCACAGGCGCCACCGUUGCCAACAACAAGGUCAAUCUACAAACCGACGUAGGAGUGUGGCAUAACGAGCGCAAGUUGAAUGACUUCUACUUUGCUGAUUGUCACUACGCAGUAGAUCAUCCUGCGAAGAUGUCUGGUGGUAGAGGCGCAAUGGGAAGAGUACAUACAUGCAGUAGUGAUGAGGAUGACCUACGUCUAGCAGUCACUCAUGAGGGUAACGCAGUGACCAACCUACUGAUACAAAUUGACACAGUCCGCAAUGUAGCAGCUACUAUAAAUGCUAAAUACAAAUCCGCCGAUAUCGGAGCUGCUAUCAAUUUAGUGGAUGUUGGUUUCUUCGAUGGUUGGAAUCACUCCAAAAUUCGCCUGGAGAUUCACUUACCCGCUCCAUUCACUAUAAUCAAUACCGAAGGAGUUGUUGGUCGAGUGGAGGAAAGUUCUGAGUCUGAAGUGAGCGCGCUCUCGUCAUAUAUUGUAGACGCGUCCUGCAACGAACAGGCUAUCGGGGAUGGUUGUAUACAAAAUGUCGUUUUUGAUAUUAUCGCCUGCGACUUAAUUGGCGAGUAUUCUUUAGAUAAGCUCAUGAUUGCAUGUCAAGAGACAGACGAGAAUGAUAAUCCCGCUAAGUGUCCCAACAUAGAUUCAGCUCCCGCCACAGUGCAAUUUUUCAUUGACACCAAUAGUUUCUGCGAAGUGGAGGAGUUCGAGUUAGAUGCUCUCUUCGACUUAUCCAUUGAAGUCUACGAUUCCGAGGCCUAUGAUAGUCCUGAAACCGUCUUUGACCUUGGAUCUAUGUCAUACCGGCAGAUCACUAUCGAUACUUCUGCCAGUGGAGUGUCUCUAUACAAUGCCGAGGUCAUCUAUGUAAAGCGGACUACUGACGGUGAUUGCUCCUCAUUUGAAGGCUAUCUUGGUGAUGUUUCCGACGGCAACCCCGAUUUCACACAGACCUACGAUCCGGCUGCACAGACUAUCUCCAUGCCUCACCAAGUUAGAGCUCAGAUGGCGUGUGCUACAUCAGACCGCACCGGCAAUGCGAUCACUAUGAACUACACAGUGCUAGAUGAUUAUGAUGAUGGUUCCGCACGUCGUAGUCGUUCUCUCGACGGCAUGACAAGCGUGAUGCGGGCGAGGUUGCGGUAGAUAAGGAGGCUGGUGUGCGCUUCGCGGCCGCAGAUUUAAUUCAAGCUGCCUACGAGGAGGAA